GGUUUCAUGCUUAGACCUCGAUAGUUCGUUCGCGUGAACGUUGUGUAUACGAAACGUACUAUAGCUUUGAAUAGAUCGGAUUGGAGACGCGAUACGCCCCACCCGCCCACAUUUGGAUAGCUCUCCCCUCGCGUUAAUGCGUCUGUGCGUGGUUGUAUGUGUGCCUGUGAGCCAGUGCCAGCUGUUUGGCCGCCAAUGCUGACGAGUUUUCAAAUCAAAGCGAUACAACAGAAGUCCACAAAAGGGCACAAUGACUGGAUCAGUGCACGAUCCGAAAUGGAGCUUGGAACGUCGAGAGUCAUCUGGACAUUUAGUUUGGCGUAAGGAAUCACCACGAUCCAAGGUUCGUUUUCGAUUUGAUGUCGAGGUAUUGGAGUUUGAGAAGCAUCCACAUGAGGAGUUGGACCACAGCGAUGAUCAUUUCUCAAUGACCAGUCUGUCCACGACUGUAGCUCUAUGUGCCACUUGUGUGGCUGUUGUGGCCGCCUCCGUUUUCCUUCCAUGGUAUCUAAUGGAGAAGGUUGGCUCAAUAUAGGAAAACGGGCUUUGUCUGAAUAGUUAAACUAUUUAAAGGUAUUAAGUAGAAUAACUAAUGUGUAAAUAUUACAAGAUAGAUAACUCUAAUUGUACAUAUAGAGUGUAAAUGCAAUGUAAAUAUGUUGUAGACCUAGAGCUCACAUACGACUGGUUUUGUAUACCUGAAAAUGUUUGAUAAUUAUCUUUUAGCUAAGUGACAAUUUUAACUAGUUGUAAAAGAAAAAUUGAUUGAAUGUUAUUUUGAGUGAAGCCAUUGUUUCACAAUUAUAAUUUAAUAAACUUAAUUCUUGCCUAAAAACCAUAACAAAAGACAGAUGCCGAGUUGUCUGAAGAUACCUCUCAGUAGCUGGGACAUAAUAUACCAUGUUUACAGUGUUCCAUUCAAAGUAUUACUGGAAAUCAACCAAUUAGACCUUAAGAAUCUUCAAACACCCCGCAACAAUGCAUUCAUCAGUUCAUCCCUUGGUCCCUUGCCAUUUUGUGUCCUGUAAUCAUCCACCGCCAAGGGGGUUGAAACACAGCAAACAAACACAGCAUCCCUGUGGAUGAUGGAUGAUGGCGAGUUAUCCAUUUCGGUGUCUUUAUUAAA